ACCUCACCAGACAGUGGCUGUCACCACGACUCAACUGCCACCUCAAGGCAUGAUGCAUCCUUCCAGAUGACAUUGUGAUACUGGCCUUCCUUUCGAGCACAACUGUAGUCCUAUGCGACUGUCCCUUGCUCGCUUCUUCUCCAUCUCCGCAUAUAUCGAGCUUUCAAGUCGCCAUCACACUGUUCUGGCAUCCAUAUAGCCACACGAAGAGCCAAUCAACCGCGAAUGUUGCAUGACACCGCAAUUACAACGACGAAUUUAAACUCACUUGACGUGACCUCACCACGCUUCGACAGCUACCCACCGAAUCGAACCGAAUUCAAAGACUUCCCUCCGACUUGGCCUGCGCGCAUCCCGCUACUGACACCGUCAGCGCUGCCUGUGUGACCAGACCCUAUCUGGCCCCAUGGCGUCUUCAGAAGUGGACCAAAAGUUCCUGGGCAAGCUCGCCAAGGACGUCGAGAAUGACAACCCAUACCUGUCCAAGUUCCUCUUCAAGAUUCUUGGCUUGUCAUUGAGCCUAGCGGAGCAACUUGUGGCGGCGAGGAGGGAAAGGCGACAAGCCGAGGUCACAUCUGUCGCACGUCGACGCAUCUUACACAUACUAUGGCUGUCCAGGGAGGGUUUGAUCCUUCUUAUGCAGUGGGUGAUACCGAUGGUAGGGAGCUACGUUGAGUUGAAGGUGCUUGCCUACAAGUUAAGAGCCAGCUUCCAUCACAUCUUUGUGCUCUUCCACAACAGUCCGGCCGUAUCAAACGUGGCGAACCUCACGCCUGAGAUUGUCGCUGCGUCCACGCCACCGCCCACGGGAGCAGGUGUCGAAGAGGACACAAACCUACCCUCAAGAUCCUCGUCUAUACAGCCUACCCACGCUUUGGAGGGGGGCCCCGUUGGACCGCCGCCGGGUUUCGAAGUGGACGUUGCUUCCUUGCCGCCGUCGAAGCUGUUCAUACCGCGGAACUUUCUUCCCGAGACUCACCAGUACUUUCGUGAGGCGAUGGAUAUGGCCGACUCACUACUGUGGGGCUCUCAUUCUCUCCGGCUGUCCGUGAGAACCGAAUAUGCUGCUUUCCUCUAUGAAUGCGUGCAUGACGUUGAUGGCAGCCGCAAGCUCGCCAAAGCGAGUAUCGCCGAAGCCUAUGAGGCUGAGGAAGGCAUGACUGACGACAUGUUUCGCGAUACGUGUGAGCUGGUGACGGUGUUGGGGAAAAUGAUGAAGCGCGGGCUGGGGCCUCAGGGACGACUCGGAAAAGCGCCUGCUACGACAGCCCCAUCUAUGCUCUUGUCUACGGGGGUGGGUAUCGUGCCGUAGCAUCCCCCGGACACAAGGUCUGGCACUGCUCGCUUCACGCCAGGCAGCAUGUCGUUGGUGAGCAUAUUGUAAGCAUUGUCAUGGCGUUGUGUAUUCUGUGUAUUGGCAUAGCCUUCAUUGUGCUAGCGUUCUAUAUCAAUACUGUCCAUUUUUUCUGUUGCUCGGUCCCAGUGUCCUCCCAACAUGAUGUAUUCUUCUCCCCAACCCCUUGGGUUCACCCUGUUGGUGAAUUGCCAUAGCCGCCUUAGGCGCCAAGCUCCUCGGAGCCUUCAUCGCACACUGAUGACACCCAUUGGGUGACCCGUGCCCUGGCUCUAUUGUUUUUUGCCGCUGCUCCUGCCUCUGCCUCCGCUCGCUCACACUUGUCUCGAAUGAUGCUCAAUGGCACCAUUC